AUGCCUGACGUUUAUGGCCAGGGAGAUUUUCAGUACACCUUCACGGCGGACUGGCUGAAGCUGCCGGACGGCAUGCGCCUCUUGGAAUGCCCCGGCGUAGCGGUGGACGGCAACGAUCGCGUCUUCAUCCUGACGCGCGGCGAGCAUCCCAUCAUGGUGUUCGACAAGGACGGCAACUUCGAGCGGUCCUUCGGUCAGGGCCACUUCAGCGAGAACCGGACCCACGGCCUGUACUACAGCGCGGCGGACGAUACCCUGCUGGCUGCCGACGACGGCAUCCACACCAUCCAGAAGUUCAGCGUUACCGGCGAAAAACUGAUGGAGAUCGGCGAGAAGAACCAUCCGGCUCCCCGCUGGAGCGGUCAGCCCUUCAACCGACCCACCUCUGCGGCCAUCCGCCCCAGCAACGGCGACAUCUACGUCUCUGACGGAUACGGAAACUCCCGCAUCCACGUCUAUAGCCCUGAAGGCGGCUACAAGUUCUCCUGGGGCGAACCGGGGAUCGACGCCGGCCAGUUCAUCCGCCCCCACAACAUCGCCUUCGACGAGGACGAGCGGGUGUACGUGGUCGACCGUGAGUGUCACCGCAUCCAGCUAUUCGAUACCGAUGGCAACUUCCUGACCAUGUGGAGCAACAUCCACCGGCCGGACGCGAUGGUCUACUGGCAAGGCCACAUCUACGUUGGCGAGCUCAACGGUAUGGGCGGCGUGGAUGACGCUCCCGGUCUGGGCCACCGCGUCACCAUCUACGACCGGGACGGCAACCGGGUCUGCACCUUCGGCGACAAAGACGAGGGUGAGGGUCCCGGCCAGUUCAUCGCUCCCCACGGCAUCGCCGUGGACAGCACCGGCGCCGUGUAUGUCUCCGAGGUGUCCUACACCAUCCGCGGCAGCCACAUGGACCCGCCGCGGGAACUGCGCAGCUUCUCCAAGUACGCCCGGGCGUAA